GAGCCGUGACUCCGCUCACUUCACGUUACGGCUAAUGUUAGCUUGUCAGAGCUCUGUCCUUGUAUGCUCUUUGGUGUAGCGUCACCCAACAUGGCGAAUAUGUGAGGUGAAAGGUUUGUUUGCAGAAUCAACAAAAUGAGGGUCCGGCAUUGCUGGAUAGGGCCCAGGCGAGCUUAUUUGCUUUGGCCAAUUCUGCUGCUGCUCCUGGUUGGUGCAGCCUUGACAGCUCUGCUGCCCUCUGCUGAGGACCAAGGAGGUGUCGGUGUCCUGGGGGUGUUACGCCGGGCAACAUCUCAAAAUGAGAUACCUGCACAGGGUCACCAUGGGGACAACACAGAGGAGGAGCAGAGGUUUACUAUCAUCAUCCAAACAUACAACCGCACAGACAUUCUUCUCAAACUUCUUAACCAUUACCAGGCAGUGCCUCAUCUUCAGCGGAUUAUCAUAGUCUGGAACAACAUUGGGGAGCAGACGCCCCUGAAGUUAUGGAACUCCUUGGGGCCUCAUCCGGUCCCUGUGGUGUUCAAGGAGCAGACUAGCAAUCAAAUGCGCAACAGAUUACAACCCUUCCCUGAGAUCGAUACUGAUGUUGUGUUGAUGCUGGAUGACGACACUCUGGUCAGCGUUCCUGACAUCAGUUUUGCUUUCUCUGUCUGGAAGCAAUUUCAAGACCAGAUUGUUGGGUUUGUGCCCCGAAAACACGUCACUACACCAGGGGGAGUGUAUAGUUAUGGCAGCUUUGAGCUGCAGGAUCCAGAAAGAGGAGCAGGUGACAGAUUCUCCAUGGUGUUAAUUGGUGCUGCCUUCUUCCACCGCCGCUACCUCCAGCUCUUCCAAGACCAACCUCAAGAGGUGCAUGCGCUGGUGGAUGCAACACAAAAUUGUGAUGACAUAGCCAUGAACUUUGCUGUAGCACUGUAUUUGAGGAAACACUCCAUGUCAAGCGGUAGCCCUGCCAGACCCUCUGGGGUCUUUGUCAAACCUGUAGACCUUCGCAACCUGGAAAAGGAUGCCAGCAGUGGGUACCAGGGUAUGUGGCAUCGUCCUGAACACCUUCUUCAGAGAUCCCACUGUCUGAACAGGCUGACACAGAUCUAUGGCUUCAUGCCACUCACCUUCUCAAACCUGAUGGUCUCCCAAUUUGGCUUCCCGAGCUAUGCUAACCACAAGAGCAGAGGCUGAAGAACUGUCACAUUGCUGACUGUCUUGGAUUGAAUGAGGACAGACUAAAGUAGCAGUCUGUUUCACUGUGGCAUCAGCGGGACUAUGAUGGACUUUCUUCCUUGGGACAAUCGCAAGGAUUGUUUAAAAUAUUCUACACGAGACCCAGUUUGAUUAGAAAUUCAUAUUUGGAGAUAAUCUCUAUUGUUGCCAAAGCUGAUUCUUCUUCAGUUUGUACAACUCUCAGUACAUUGUAGUACAAUUAUUAUUAAACCAGCAGGUGCCAGGUCUUGGAUCUGCCUUUACAAUUUGCCUUUUUACAUAACUAUGAUUUAAAGUACUGCUGCAGUCUUAUUGAGUUUCACUUCAGUUAAUUAUUUAGUCUGUAGAGUGUCACUUCUCAUUUAGUCUUUUUCCCUAGAAAUUUUGAAUACAUUUUUGAAGAAGGUAUUUUUGAGUAAUUUUUGACCAAAAGAUUGAAGUCUAAUAAUAGAAUAGAAUUAUUGCAAGUAUUAUGUACAUAAUCAAUUUGUACUAUGCAUGCAUGGACAAUCUUUUUAUUUUUAAGUCUGUAGAUAUAGCAACUCUUGAAGGGCUGUAUUAUGUGAUGCAUUUCAAUAAAGUAAUUUUUUCUCUAAACCAAAUUCAUCUAUGGAUUCAUAAUUAUACAAGAAUUAAAAUUGAUGAGAUUGAUGAUGCUGAAUCGGACAGGAAUUGAAA